ACCACAAUCAAUCUCCACAAAAUCUUCAAAAUUUCCUUAUCUUCCUUUCACUCAACUUUCGUUGCUUUCCCAAUCAAAAGAGAAGUGAAUUCCCCAUGGCGCCCAAAGCAGAGAAGAAGCCAGCUGAGAAGAAGCCGGCCGAGGAAAAAAAGACAACUGUCGCCGAGAAAGCCCCAGCGGAGAAGAAGCCAAAAGCCGGGAAGAAGCUUCCCAAAGAAGGCGCCGCCGCUGGAGACAAGAAAAAGAAGAAGGCCAAGAAGAGUGUCGAGACGUACAAGAUCUACAUCUUCAAGGUCCUUAAACAAGUCCACCCUGAUAUCGGGAUUUCAAGCAAAGCCAUGGGAAUCAUGAACAGUUUCAUCAACGAUAUCUUCGAGAAGCUUGCUCAAGAAGCCUCUAGACUAGCGAGGUACAACAAGAAGCCAACGAUCACUUCCAGGGAAAUCCAGACCGCUGUUAGACUUGUACUUCCCGGAGAACUUGCCAAACACGCCGUAUCCGAAGGCACUAAGGCAGUAACUAAGUUCACCAGCUCUUAAAAUUAGGAAAUCAGGUUUGCUGUAAUCUGGGUGAAUUUGGGAUUUUAGGGUUAGAGUUUUACGAAAUCUCAGAUUGUUAGUGCCUUUAUGUUUCGCUUAAUGUUGUUUUGUUGGUGUGAAGUAAAUGUCAAUGAUGGAAUUCGGAAUAAAUCUCUUUGUUAUCGAA